GAUGUGGUUCCCGCAUCACCAAGUGCCAUCUCGAAGAAGCGAAGAUUGAUGAGUGCAGCGUGUGUUGAAACACACGCUACCCACACUCAAAGUUUCACCAAGUAUGAGCAAGUUUGUGACGUAUAUAAGCAGAUCGAGAGACAGCUAGUACAAGAGGAAGGAAUUCGUCGACUUUUGGAUGAUAAGUUUGGAAAGCAGGAUCUCUUGAUAGAAGAGCUGAAGACAGCGCUCGUCCAGUUACAAAACGAAAAUGCAUUGGUGAACGCUAACGCCAGCGAGAGCCGUAAGGAAUGCAUGCGUUUAAAAAGGCUGGAAGCGGAAUUAAAGUCCUCUCUUGAACUCAAGAAGCGAGAAGCACAAAAGUACAGCUCUGAAAGAGAUACUUUGGUGAAACAAGCACAGUCAUCACAGGCAGCAUAUCAUGUCAAAGAAAAAGAGUGCGAAGAGCUUGCUUCAACACUUAUGCAAAGACAAGUGGAGGUGGAAAACUAUAAGGAAGACAUGAAGCAGCUUGAGCUCUCCAACACUUCCUUGUCGAAGGAGAUCUCGCGCCACCAGGCCAACAUAAAGUUAUUACAGACAACCUUGGAACACAGAAAUGAUGAAGUGAAAGAGCUCAAAGCUCAUGUCGAUCGACUUUCAGCGGAGCUGGGUGCACUUGAUAGUGUGAACGCACUGUCAACGCGGAAUGCAGAUGCCAUUCUGAGCCAGUUAAGCUCUUCAAAUGUUAGGCUUCAAGAAGAGAGGAUUAAAAAGGAAGAACUUCAACAGGAGCUGCAUGAAGCACGCAAGGAGUGUGAACAGUUGCAAACCCGGGUUCAGCAAAUGGAACAACAAUCAAAAGAGGCAGAAGAAAAAUGGAAAAAGACCAUGUGCCAGCUUGAGUCCGAGCACGGUCAGUCCAAGGAAAAAAUUAGUCAGCUCCUGACAACAUUGCAAGACUUGGAGGCCAGAGCCAAGGAAGCUGGGAGCGAAAAAGAGGAGCUUCAAAAUCAGCUGGAAGCAUUGGAAGAUAAGGACAGGAAUACAACACAGGAGAAGGAAGGAUUGCAAGCCGAGUUGCAGUGCUUAAUCACAGAGUUGAAAAGCACCAAGGAGUCCUUGGAAGCAAAACUAAUUAUGCUUACGACAGAAAAUCAGGAGCUAUCUGCAGCUGUUGCAGCGAAGACAGAAGCUGAGACCCAGCUCGUCUCUGGGAACGAGACACUGAAAGAGAACCUUGAGGCGAAUGAAGCUGCAUUGAGCCAGAUGAAGGAACAAAUUGAGACACUUGAGAAGGAUUACAAGGAGUGUCAGGAGAAGCUGCUGUCAGCAGAGAAGCAAGCAAAGGAUCUGAAGAGAGACUACCAAAGGCAGAUGCAAUCAAAGCAGCUUGAACUGCAGAAGCAUCUUCAAGAAAUUUCAAGGCGCAAUAAUCUCGCUAUGGCGGAGAUGCGGAAAGAAUUUGAGGCAGAGGCAACAAGGAGUGUGGAUGAAGAGCGGAAAAAG